AUGGUCCAUACGAAGAAAGCCAAGAUUUUAAUCCCAACAAGGACUGAGGAUGUCAACUUCUCUUUUGAAGAAACUUGGGGACUGUUAGCAAAGGCAAUAGACGCCGUGUAUAUGGAACGUUAUGGACCCUUUACCUUUGAAUCCAUUUACCGCCUGGUUUAUAUGACAGUCGUCAAUGAGAAGGCAAGUGACUUGUACACUAAGUUAAAGGUCUAUGUCGGAACAAAAUUGGAAAGUCAAGUUAAGGAUCUCAAACUGGAUUGGAGCAGAGGUAUGGAAUCCUUAAAAAUUGUUGUUGACCUGUGGGAUUCGCAAAAUUUAGCUUUUGAUCUUAUAAGUGACUUGUUUCUCUAUUUGGAUAAAGUUUAUUGUAAACCUAAUAGGUAUCCUGAAGUUUUUGAAUUAUGUCUUCAAGUAUUUAAAGAUGGAUUCGUUUUACCAUUUAAGAUUCAAAUAUUUAACGCGUUUAUCGAAACUAUUAAUGAAUCAAGGAGGAUGAAAAGCAUAAAUGAAGGUGAUGCUCAAAUAUGGCAUCAGAUUGCUCGUAUGAUGCAAAUGUUGGAAGAAGAUUACGAUACUGUCUUUAACAAUCAGUUCGAGCCAUUUUUCUUGGAUGAAACAGAAAAGUUCUACGAUGAAUCAUUUGAUCCUAAUCAGUAUCCACCAAUUGGUUGUUUAGAAGAGGUCAAGCGGCUGAAGGAUAUAGAAUAUAAGAGAGAUUUGAAAUUUUUGGAUUCUGAUACUACCUCCAAACUGACUACCGUCUUGGAGAAGGUAUUAAUUUGGAAAAAACUUGGAUCUGUCUUAUUGCUGCUGGUAAAUGAAGCCCUUAAAAACGACGAUUUUCUUUUACUUCAGGAAUUGUUUGAUUUAUCCUCUAAUGAGCAAUACAAGCAAGGUAUAAUAGAUUCUAUUAAGAAGUAUAUUUUACAAGAUUUACAAGGCAAGAAAAUUGAUGCGACAAUAAGAAAAAAGGUUUCUAUCGCGAUUGAAUGGGUAUCCUUUACCAUUGAGAAACUUGAUCAUUAUACCAAUAUAUUACGACGCCUUGACUUUGGUAUGGAUAAAACGGAAAAUAAUGAAGACGUUUCAAAUAAUAGUAAUCACAGUAAGGGAUUAAUCCCUAAUGUAAGUGUGGUGAACGAAGUAUUUGCUUCAUACUUAGACCAAAAUAAGAGAAGAGCACCUGAGUUCAUAUGCUUCUAUUUAGACUCUCGUUUGAAAUGGACUCAACAAAAGAAAGAGAUUCAAUCGGCGAAGGAAGACUUGGAAAGGUGCGUCAAGCUGUUUAAACUACUCUCAGAUAAAGAUUUGUUUGAAGCAUUUUAUAGACAACAACUCUCGAGAAGACUUUUGCACCAGAGAUCAUCGAUUGACAUUGAAAGGUGGCUUAUCAAAAGAAUCAAGGAAGAAAUGGGUGUGUUCUUUACCUCAAAAUUGGAAGGUAUGUUAAGGGAUAUUGCAACAUCAAAUGAUUUGUCGAAUAACUUCAAGAAUGCAUAUGCUGAUGACAUAGGUAACAUAGAGUAUAUUCCACAAAUUCUCACAAUAACAUCAUGGCCCUUCUCGAAUUCUCCAGCUUUAGAAGAGGAUAUUAUUUUCCCAUCUCAGUUGCAGCAACUCAAACUUGAUUUUGAGGCCCUUUAUAGUAAAAAAUAUAAUCAACGGUCUUUGAAAUGGGAUUAUCAACUCAGUCUGGUUGAAAUAGGCUAUCAGUUCGAAAAAAGCUAUCACGAACUGAGCAUGUCUGUUUAUGGCGCUCUAAUAUUACUGUUGUUUGAAGAUCGUUCCAGUUUGACAACAGAAAUGAUUGAAGACCUAACACAUAUACCCAAGCAGGAACUUCAUAAUCAGUUAUUACAUAUGGCUUCGUCACCGAAGGGAAACAUAUUAAAUAAAUUGCCAGCCUCAAGUGCCAUUUCACCAUUGGACAUAUUCUCCAUAAAUGAGAGCUUUUCCGUUCCAACCAGAAAAUAUAAAGUCCUGACAGGUCCCAGCAUGAACAUCCCUUCUUCUUCCUCUUCAAGGACGGAACCUCAUAAUGUUAUUGAUAAUGUUGAAAAAGAUAGAAUUGCAGAGUGUAAUGCUGCAAUUGUCAGGAUAAUGAAGCAAAAUAAAGAAAUGGGAUUUGAAGAAUUAUACAAGGACGCCGAAGCAAGUACGGCAAAGAGAUUCGCAUUGACCGAUCGUAUUUUUAAGAAAAGUGUGAAAUCUCUGCUCGACAAAGAAUAUUUAAGAAAAGAAAUUUCAGAUUCUCAUAUCCUUCACUACAUUCCAUAG